ACUUCGCAUUCGAUCUACCUGCCACAAUGUCUCUCCUUGGAAAGAAGUUCCCCGGCGCCAUGGCCAAGCCUUUGACUCCCUUCUUCGCUGCCGGCCUCAUUGUUCUCUACGGCGUCAACUCUCUCCAGAACGCUCUGUCCAACACCGCCGAGUUCAAGAGCGACCCCCGCAACCCCAACGCUAAGCCCGCUGGCAAGGCCGACCACUAAAUUC